AAUGGCUGAAGUUGAUGAAGAUAAAAUAUUUGAAGCCUUUAAACAGAAUAUAACGUCCAUCAUCGAUCAAUUGAAGACUGAUAAUGAGCGAUCAACUGAAAGUUCUUUGGAAAGAUUGUCACAAAGGAUACAAGUGUCUAACAACAUUAUUUCGGCCUCUGUAACAAAAUUGAGCGUUCUCUAUUCUAAACCACCGUAUCCAAUAAGAAAGGAUACUCGGGUUAUUUUUAAUCAAACAGAGCAGGGACUAGUGGCUCUACUAUCGGCAUUUUAUAAUCUCGGUAAAAACGAUGGUAACCUGAUUUGUUCGAUACUCAAAAGAAACAUAAUUUACGUUUGUGAAAGCCUACUAGAAUUUGUUCGAGGAAUGGAAAAAUUAGAAUUGAAUGAAAUAAACAAUAAUGAGUUUAGAACAUUAACAGGUAUUGUGUGGUCAAGAUGCGAUGCAUUUGCAAAAUUACCAAAGAAUAAUAGAGAGGCAAUUGUAGAAAGGCUUAAAGACGAACUCGGAAUGAUUGAAGAUGCAUCCGGAGAAUUAGCUACAGCUCAGGAUAAUGAAAGUGCUGAUGAAUUUUUUUCAGAUCUAGAAGAUAUGCCAGAACCUGAAACGUGGUGCGAAAGCGAAAGAAACAUUGUCCAGGCAUUUCAAAAAGUAAUUGAAUUAAUUUCUUCAAUUGUUCAGAAUUCUAUAGUGGCAGUUCAGAAAAGUGAGAAUAUAACACUUGAUAUGGAUGAAUUAUACGAACAAUGUAUAAAAGUUAGUCCUAUUAUCGAUGAUCUCGUAAAUUCAGCCUACCCUCCUUUGGAUAAAUCAUUACUUUUGAAAAAUAUUGAAUUAUUGAAGAAUGAGGUAAAGAAAAUAUUAAAAGAACUACCAAGUUAUAAAUUUAUAACUGAAGAUGAUGCAGAUUGGAUUAAUCAAUAUGAAAAAGAUAUAAACGAACAUUUUAACGAUUUAAUUCAAUUAUUAAGCAAAUAG